AUGCUUUUGGUUUUGGUCACGAAAUGGUUGGUCAUUGGCCGGUAUACUCAAGGUUCAUUCUCAGUGGAGUCUUGGGCAUUCCUGCGUUGGUGGCUGGUGGAUCGUUUGGUGGUGUUUGUGAACGAGCUUUGCUUCAGUGCCUUUCGUGGUGGACCAGUGUUUUUCGCUUAUUUGCGUGCGCUCGGCCUGCGGGCUCGCGGCUACUGCCGCAUCGAUACGCGCUACGUGUCGGAGUUCGACCUGAUCACUCUGGGCAACUGCUGCGUUGUUGCUGAGGGCGCGAAGCUUCGGCCAGCAGUGGCCGAGGCUGGCACUUUGCACUUGCGCGGCUUGGUCUUCGGGGACCACUGUGCCGUGGGCGAAAAUGCCGUGUGCACGGCGGGUUGUGUUGCGGGUGACAACGUCACACUCCAGCCUUUGUCCUUGUUCUCUGGACGAACUGGUCGUACCCUUCCAGACGGAUCUGUUUGGAAAGGUGCUCCUUUGGUUCAGUCGAGGCAGCAGCCUAUACGUGUUCCUCCAGGAAUGUUGGGCUGGGAUCUUUGUCGUGAGACCUUCGCCUUUCUUUUGGCUCUUUUCUUGCAGAUACUCUGCAGCAUGUGCGCCUACUGUGCCUUCGGUUGGCUGGCAGAGGUCCAAGGCUUCGUGCAGUUUGAGGGCGAGGGAGUUGGAACGGCCUGGAAAUGGCAAGAACAAGGCGAAGGUUGGUUAUUUGCUGCGACGUGGCUCCUCUUUGGGCCACCUGUCAUGGCAUCGGCAGAUGUGCUUUUGGGCUUAGACUUGGCCAGCAUCACUGACAAGGUCGGAGAAGCUAUGGGAAUAGGUCGCUUGGAGUUCGGCAUUCGCCUGGCAGGCAUGGUUGCGAUUAGCUUUGCCGUGUACGGAUGGUCGUUGACAAUCUCUUCUGCUCUUCUUUGCAGGUUCAUUCGCGGCUCGCGUAGCCGGAAUUCUUGGUUCUUCCAGGUCCGUCGUGUGGUCUUGAGGCUCACCUUUUUCCGUUACCCUGCGCAGCUUUCCGGAACGUGGGCGAUGUCGGCCUACUUGUCACUGCUGGGCAGCCGUUGUUCGCUUUAUGCAACGGUGGCCGUCACAGAGCCGCCCCUGGAGCCACGGAAGCUUCACGUGGCCAAGGGCGCUUUGCUGCUGAGCCACCAGGCUUUGGGAGAGUGCGAGGUUGGGCAGGGAGCCAUUGUCGCCGCAGACGCAGUCAUGCUGCCACACUCAGUUGUUGAGGCCAGAGGCACUGUAGGCGCCAUGAGCGUGGCCGGACGACCCGUUCGAUCCGAUUUGCAGCUGGUGGGCAAUCCGGGUGUGAUCAUGCGACGUGGCACCUUGAGCAAAACACCUGCCACGAGUUGGGGCUGGCGUUGGUUGCGGGCGAUUGUUUGCCUUCUCUACCCGCUUUUGGCGCCGGGCCUCUUGCAGUUGCUGCUUCUCAUCACUUUGCUCCCUGCAAUGUACUUGCUGACCAUUGUGCUGGCCACCUUUACUAAAACCGACGGGGUCCUGAGUUCAUUGGCGUUGGCCGGAAGUUUACCCUUGGCGUACAUCGCGUUGGGUUGGUGUUUGUGCCUUGUGGCUGUGCUGCUGAAGUGGCUUUUGCCGACUCAGUCGAGAAGCUGGCGAUGGCAUGGGUCUCCAAGAGUCCACGUGGCCAUGUUUUCCCAGCAGCUGAAUUCUAUGUGCAUCUCUGUGUUCAUGAGCAUGGCUUUGGGCUCUCCAUGUUACAAUUGGUGGCUGAAACUCAUGGGCGCUCGGAUCGCCUCGGAUGCGGUGCUUUUGACGUCAAUAGUUGGUGAUCAUGAGAUGCUCACCGUUGGAAAGGGUGCAAUAGUGGAUAAAGAGGCAUUUCUUUCGAGCACACGAUUGCUGCCCAGCAAAGAGCGACCACGCCAACACUUUGAGUUUUGCACCUGCAACAAUCCCGUGAUCAUUGGCAUGGGCAGCACUGUGUCCCAUGCGGCAGCCGUCGUUGCCGGAGAAACAGGAAAUUUCAGCGUACUGGCACCACUAUCAGCUGUCGGUCCCUCUGCACGCUUGCCGGCCCAAACCUUGGCAGUAGGUUUACCACCACAGGCCUUCGUUUGGUCCAAAGAGAAGAACUUGAUUCGACCGAGCGCUCGACCAGUUCCCCGAGAGCUGCGGCCACCAAUCGUGGUGCCUCCUUAUGUGAGCCGCGCAAUUGGACGCAUGAAGGUGCAUGCUCCGGCCAGCGAUGAAAUAGCUCCAUUGGUGACGGGAGCAUGCGGUUUCCUGGGAAGGCACGUGGUCGCCGAACUGCUUGGGCGCUGCAGCCGGAUCUUUUGCUUGGUACGGGCUAAAGACGCCCAAACCGCACAGCUACGAGUCGAACAGGCGCUCCGGAACGUUGGCAUCGACAAAGCUGAAUUCCAGGAGGCUGUCGAGGUGGUGCCAGGUGAUUUGUCGCAGCGGAACUUCGGGCGAUCUUUUGUGGAGAUCCAGCGCUUGGCCGGUCGGGUCACUCACGUGAUCAACGUUGCAGCCAAAGUGAACCUCACGGAACCGUUCGAUAUGAUGCGGCAGGACAAUGUGGAUGCGACGGCGCACUUGCUGGAGUUUUGCUCUUCGGUGCGGCCGAAACCAUUUCACCACGUUUCGACUAUGGGAGUGUUUACGCCAGACAUGCUGGACCGACAUGGCGCUGUAAGGGAGACAGCGCCUUUGGGAGACAUUCGUUGCAUGCCUCUCUAUGGCACUGGGGAUCAGGCCAAUGGGUAUCCACAAAGCAAGUGGCUGGCAGAGAAGAUGGUUUUCGAGGCUGCAAGGCAGGGUUUGCCUUCCUUCGUCCACCGGCCUGGCCUGAUUGGGGGUCAUUCCAGAACCGGGGCCGCAGCUGAAGAUGUGUUUUUUCAUUUCCUCUCCGAUGUGCUUCAACUUGGCUGCUUACCAGACAUGGAAGGUGACAAGUUCAAUUUGACUCCGGUAGACUUUGUGGCCAAGGCAAUCGUCCAGAUUAUGUUGGAAGGUGGGACUUCCAGUGGAAGUGUCCUUCACCCUGCCAUGCCAGACAACUCCAUCUCCAUACACGACUUGGCGAACAUUUUCCAGCUCUUGGGGUACCAAAGUAAGACCAUGGACUUUGUGGACUGGCAAAAGAAGAUCUUGGCGGAGCCCUUGCGCUUCAAGAGCUGGUCCUUUUGCGCUGCACUAACAGUAGAGGGGCAUGGCAUUGAUUCCAUGGCCGACAGCACUAGUGGGGCGCACGCCAUGCGGGCAGCGCUUGGGGAGGAUGCAUAUUGCAGUUUCAAUGCCAAAUCAAAUUUGAAGCAGCAAAUCAGAUGGUAUAUUGCACAAGGUUUGCUACCACCACCUGGAGCAUUGUGA